AUGAGUGGUACACAAGUCGUCUCUGCCGACCAGGACAAAGCAUUACGACUCCUCGACGCCCAAAACAAAGCGCUGGUUCUGUUCAAUGACAUCGAGCGAGAUUUGCUGCGCAAAGGGGUCAGCGAGAAGCAGCUAAGCGACGAGAUUCACCACCUCGGGAAUGUUCGUUAUGGAAUCAAAACACAUUGGCACAAAAGAGUCGUUCGAAGCGGUCCAAACACUCUCAAACCAUACUCAGAGAGCCUCACUGAUCGCAUCAUUGAGGAUGACGACAUUCUUUUCGUCGACCUUGGGCCGCUAUUCGAAACCUGGGAGGCUGACUUUGGCCGCACCUACGUACUGGGAAAUGAUCCAAACAAGUUGAAACUUCGCGACGACCUUCACAUCAUCUGGCGCAGAGUGAAGGAGGCGUUCUGGGAGAACAGCAAAAUGACGGGAGACGAGCUGUAUGCGAUAGCAAGCCGCGAAGCAAAACAAGCUGGCUACGUCUUCGGAGCUGAGAUUGCUGGGCAUCUAGUAGGAUCCUUCCCUCAUGAGCGCAUACCGCGCGACAAGGUCAGCUUAUACGUCAUGCCGGGGAACACAGAACGCAUGACACAGAAGGGAAAGGAUGGAUUGCAACGGCACUGGAUCCUGGAGAUUCAUCUUCACGACUACAAAAGGGGGUUUGGAGGCUUUAUGGAGCAACUACUCACAAUUAAUGAAGAAGGCGUUCCGGAAGCAACUGCACAUGAAUAG